GAGACUAGUACGCUUCGAAAUAGACUAUUAAAAAAUGCAAUAAAAACUCAGUUUUGUGUUUACGAGUGUUGUUCAUCCUCAGCAUCGACAUUUUUAACCUUGUAUUUCGAGGCACCGUCCUACAGGCACUGGGGGAAACGGCACACUAGCGCACUACGUAGUAUGAGGAAAUAGUACGCGUUAUGGUGAAGUUGUGUUGCGAAACUGUGAGGUAAAAAUUCAACUCCUCUUUUUCUUCCUGAAGGACUUCAGAAGUCGGCUGCAAGUGUGUGUGUCUGUGUGUGUGUGAGUCUCAGGGUCCUAACCUUCACCUCAAACCUGAACAGCUCCUGCUGGUUAAUCAUCUCUGAGAGACGGUGGCAUGUUGCCUGAUCAGGAUGGACAGAACACUGGAGGAGGAGGAGGAGGAGGAGGAGAGAGUGAAGAUCCCUCCGUUUCUCUUUUCAGGGAAUAUCUCCGUCUGAAGACCGUCCACCCGGAACCGGACUACGAUGCUGCUCUCGGGUUCCUCGGCAGGAUUUCGGAGGAACUCGGUUUGCCCAUGAAGAAAGUGGAGGUGUGUCCUGGUAAAGUCGUCACCAUCCUGACUUGGACCGGCACGAAUCCCGCGCUGAAGUCCGUCCUUCUCAACUCUCACACCGAUGUCGUUCCCGUGUACCAGGACCACUGGAAGUACGAUGCGUUCGCCGCUGUGAAGGACGCCGAGGGGAACAUCUACGGCAGAGGAUCCCAGGACAUGAAGUCGGUCACUAUACAGUACAUUGAGGCUAUUCGACGUCUGAAGGCUGCAGGGAAGACGUUCCCUCGCACCCUCCACUUGACGUUUGUCCCAGAUGAAGAGGUCGGAGGUGAGAAAGGAAUGGAGACGUUUAUAAAGCACCCCGAGUUUCACAAGCUCAACGUUGGUUUUGCCUUGGAUGAGGGUCUGGCCAAUCCCACAGAAGCCUUCACAGUGUUUUAUGGAGAGAGGAAUCCUUGGUGGGUGAUUGUUCGGUGUCCGGGCAGUCCGGGUCACGGCUCCAGGUUUGUGGAAAACACCGCUGCUGAAAAACUGCGCCGGGUUAUUAAUUUGUUCCUGGACUUCAGAGAGAGAGAGAGACAGCGGCUUAAUACAAGCGAGUGUUUCACUCUGGGUGAUGUCACCACCGUUAACAUGACAAUGGUGAAAGGGGGCGUGGCUUACAACGUCAUACCCGCCGAGAUGGACGUCAGCUUCGAUAUUAGAAUCCCACCCACUGUCAAUCUGCAGGAGUUUGAGGAGCAGAUUAAGGCUUGGUGUAAAGAAGCGGGUGACGACAUCACGUACGAUUUUGCGCAGAAAGGAAUGAACCAGAACACUACGUCCACAGCGGACAGCGACCCCUGGUGGAGGGCGUUCAGCACUACAUGCAAGUCCAUGAACAUGACGUUAAAGAAGGAGAUUUUCCCCGCCGCCACAGACAGCCGCUUCAUCAGAGCCGCGGGUCUGCCUGCGAUCGGCUUCUCUCCGAUGAACCACACCCCCAUCCUUUUGCAUGACCACAACGAGUUCAUCAGUGAGAGCGUGUUCCUCAAAGGCAUCCACAUCUACGAGAUGCUCAUCCCUGCUCUCGCCAGCGUACCCACCCUGGCCACAGAGGCCUAGACACACACACACACACCAUAUCAAUGGUAAAUGGUCUGCAUUUACCAUUGGACACUGCCCAAGGACACUUCGGCAUGUGGAGACAUGUGGGCCGGGUUAGGGUUAAUCAAACCGCCAACCCUACGAUUAGUGGACAACCCUCUCUACCACCUGAGCCACAGCCGCCCCAAACCUUAGUCUUUCUCUCUAUUAAAGCACCCCAGUAUUUUGCACUUCCAGCUGCUCUUCAUCUCUCCACUUAUUUUUUUUAACACCAAAGAGCCGAGGGAACUCGUCCUGUACGAGACCUCGGCCUCCUCCUAGCGUGUGCUUCUAAUCCAGCAUCUCAGGAUAUAACCUCAGCGCUGCAGCCUCGGCGUGGUGUUGCUCUGUUGCAGUGACACUCGUUCGUUUAAGCGAAAUAGCUUGAAGCGUGUAAUUUUAACGAGGACGCUCAUAUGAUACGUAAGCGGUAAUAACGUUGAAUUAGAUGUAGGACAUCUCUGAUUUACUGGUGUUUACAAUCGUUUACUCGAUGACGUUUUGAUUUUUACUCGAUGUCGCAAGGUUGAUUUAUACGCAUAUCUUAAUUAUUAAAUAUUUUAAAACCUCAAAAUGGCCUUUUCCGUGUAGUAUCUCCUGUUGUGCUUGUUAAUGCAGAGCUUGGCCACUAGACGGCAGAGUUGUGCCUCAGAGCUUUUCUCAACUCCGGAUCCUGCAUCGUUUCCAACUCCACAAUUUUGUUUCAACCCCAAACCCCAAGGUCUAAUAAAUUAUCCAGAUCAGCCGAGCUGGAGUUAUGUGUGGAAACCUUAAAGCUGAGCUGGUCCACAGAUCUGGGCGCUGAAGAGAACAUCUGAGGAACCCGAGUAGAAGAAGACCGCAUGAAGAGAACUUAACACACUGAAGAUAAUAUAUAUUUUUUGAAAUGGAGUUCAAAUUGAUGUGUAUUGUUUUUUCUCGACUGGUAAGUGAAAAUUGAACGUGUCAAUCAAAAAAGUGGGCGGGGCAAAACGCCCACACCGCGUUUAACACACCAAUUAAACGGAGCCCCUUAAAGCAGCGUUGUUGUCAAACUUUUUGUGUGAAAUAAAUUCCACGGACAUCUGAAGCA